AUGAAGACUAGUACUCGAUUAAGAGCCUCUUCCUCCUCUUCCUCUACUUCUUUCGCUCAUUCAUGGACAUACGAUAUCUUUAUAUGUUAUAGAGGCGCGGAUACACGCAAUGGUUUUACAGAUCAUUUGCAUAGCAAUUUGCUUCAAAAGGGAAUCAAAACCUUCCUAGCUGAUGAGGUUAUGAGUAGAGGAGAGGAACUAACAUUGUCAAUGCUUUUCCAAGCUAUUGGAGAGUCCAGGAUUUCUAUUGUUGUAUUCUCUGAAAAUUUUGCGUCCUCGGAGUGGUGCUUGGAUGAACUCGGUGAGAUCAUGCAAUGUAAAGAAUCAAAGAAUCAAAUUGUUUGGCCAAUUUAUUACAAGGUGGAUCCUUUGGAUGUAAGAAACCAGCAAGGUAGUUUUGGUGAGGCACUUGUUAACCAUGAAUCCAAAUUCAAGGAUGACAUGGAGAAGGUGCUGAGGUGGAGAACAGCCCUUACAGAUGCAGCAAAUUUGCCUGGCUGGUAUUUCAGGAAGGGGUAA